AUGCAAAUUUGCGCGCAAAUAGUUGCAUGGGCAUGGGACUACUUAAUGAUAGGCAGAACUCCGUACUCUGUUCAGAAUCCAAUCCAAUUACACGUGACUGAUGAUAAAAAAAAACCGGAGGUCUCGGAUGGAGGUAAAGACAUGAUGAAGGAUACUUCAGCUACGACAGCAACCAACACCGCUACAAAGGAAACUAGUGAAGUGGAUAGAGGGAAAAAUAAAAAAGACAUGGGUCCCUGGCGACUUCCAACCCCGACCUCGAUGAUAUCGAGCCAAGGAAAUCCGUUGACUCCCAUCAGCUCUCCUCAAUAUUUAUCUCCCAACGUGUUCCAAGGGCGCAACUCCCUUUGUUCCGUCCAUGACUACAAUCUCAGAAGAAGAAGGCCGAUGACUCUGAAGAUUGGACCCAGACUAGUUCCUCACAAAAGCACCUCAGCACCAACGAGCACCACGGACGGCGAGUGGCCAGCACAUAGGUGA